CCCAGCCACAUGCCGGGUUUGUUUGCGUGUGGCACCAACGCGCGACAACCCAUGAACUCGACACGACCAGAGUUAACUACCUAGCUUUGUUGUAGGACCAGCCCAGCUCCACGGCAUUCAUACCAACGACACUCCAGAUCUGCCACACAUCCCGCGAGUCUUCUGCGACCCGGUUGGAAUUCCUGCAGCCGCCCUGAGGAGCCUUUUGGCAGUGAGCGGCGCCGGAAGCGUCUACAGGACACGAUGAUUGUCGAGCGCGAGAUCAAGCUCGUUACCGAGCAGCAUAACAUCAACAAACCCCCUCAAAUGGAGGGGUUUCCAAUGAAAGAAUGGUCGGUCGAGGUCUAUCUUCUCGACCCCAGCGGGAAGCGUCUCCCAGCCAAAUGCUUCACCAAGGUUGUCUACAACCUGCACCCGUCGUUCGAAAACCCCACGCAGACUUUCCACGAGCCCCCGUUCAGGUGCAGCAACGAAGGCUGGGGCGAGUUCGAAAUGACCAUCGAUCUCUACACGACAGAGAAGGGGGGCAAGCAGACGGUGGUGCACGACCUAAACUUCGCCAAGCCCACGUACGAUGUGGUCAAAACCCUCACGUUCAGGAACCCUUCGCAGGCGCUGCAAGCGCUGCUGCGCGACUCGGGCCCGCUCCCGACCGACGACGACCGCAAGGCCCGCAAGGGCCAGGAUGGCAGCAAGAAGAAGAAGCCAUGGGAUCUGGAAAAGCUGGCGGGGGCGGUUACAAAGCUGAACGAGGACGAUCUGAUACACGUCAUUCAGAUGAUUCACGACCACAAGUCGGACGACACAUAUGUCUUGAAUAACGUUGACGCUGGCGAGUUCUCGGUUGAUCUGUAUACGAUGCCAGAUGUGCUUACCAAGAUGCUGUGGGAUUUCAUAGCAACGACGGACCAAGGCCACCGCUUGAAGUAGUAAGUAUACGGCGGCAACGGCGGCGGCGGCGGCGGCGGCAAGAGGGAGAUGUCUCUCGUUGCGCCGAGUGUGUGGCAGAGCUAUCAGGAGCGAAGUCCCCGCAGGCUUGCGAGGGAUUCAUAGGGCACUCUUGUCGCUGAGGACAGGGAGCGAGCACGUUGGUUGGGCAGGGAGCAACUGGUUACAUCGCAUUUGCGACGGCGUUCAGGUUGGGUCUUAGAGACGCCGCCCCGAGUCGUGGCGGAGGGACCGACAGAUUUCCAAGUUUGGCGCGAACACUGCGGGGAGCUCGGAUUCUCAGUCAAGCGCGGCGUGCAAGAGCAUGGCUUAGCACUGCAAGAGUUUUUGUUUUUGUCAUCUCAGGUUCUCUCUGUUCUUAUCCUUUAUUUUCAUUCUCCUUUGGUAAGUUUUUGGUUUUAUUUCGCCUAUUCAAUCGAGCGUUCAUCUUUGCUGAAUAUCAAAAGCCCCA